AAACGAAAAACCUCACCGGCUCCAUUCCAAUCCAUCCUUUCCUUAUCCCCUCUCCCUCCCUUCGUUCGCCAUGGCAACCGUGUUCCUCCGUUCCCUCGCCAUGGCCAUGGCCGACACCGCGCUCCCGCCCUCCCACAAGCUCCUCCCUACGGUUUCCCUGCCGCUCCUCCCCUCGUCCACCCGCGCCGCGCCGCUCCUCCUCUGCGCCAGCCGCCGCCUGCCGCCCGCGCCCCUCGUUGCCUCAUCCGACGCCGUCGAGACGAACAUUGAAUGGGUCGACGACGACGAGGAGGAGGCUGGAGAAGCCUUCGACGAGGAGGGUGGGGAUGUUGAGGAGGAGGUGCUGGCCUCAGGCGACGAGGGUGAGGGGGAGUACGCCGCGGUGGAGCCGCCCGAGGAGGCAAAGGUCUACGUUGGGAACCUCCCCUACGACAUCGAAAGCGAGGGACUCGCGCAGCUCUUCGACCAGGCCGGCGUCGUCGAGGUCGCCGAGGUUAUUUACAACAAAGAGACUGGCCAGAGCCGUGGGUUUGGCUUUGUUACCAUGAGCACUAUUGAGGAAGCUGAUAAAGCCAUUGAGAUGUUCAACCGCUAUGACAUUAGUGGGAGGCUUCUGAAUGUAAACAGGGCAUCUCCUAGGGGCACUCGCAUGGAAAGGCCUCCGAGACAAUUUGCGCCUGCUUUCAGAGCUUAUGUUGGCAACUUGCCAUGGCAAGCUGAUGACUCUAGGCUGGUGCAAUUGUUCAGCGAGUACGGAGAAGUCGUUAAUGCUGCGGUUGUCUAUGAUAGAGAAACCGGGCGCUCACGAGGAUUCGGUUUUGUAACGAUGGUGUCGAAGGAGGAACUCGACGACGCUAUCUCUGCCCUGGAUGGACAGGAAUUGGACGGCCGCCCUCUUCGGGUGAACGUUGCAGCAGAGCGACCACAGAGGGGCUUUUGAUGCGGGCGGCGGUACGAGAGAGAUGGCUGCUUGUUUGUGAUAAGAGCACGGAGACACAACGGAGGAGGAACGGUACAAAUUAGCGGAAGUUGAUGCUGUCACAAGUUGCUAGAUCCCUCCCUUAGCUUCGUGAUUUUGGUUCUUGUCGACAUCAUCAUGAGUUAAAUUAUCCAAGUAGGCUUCUAUGUUUGAUCUAUCCCGAUUCCUGAUGCCUUGUCACAUUAUCAUCGUGGCAAAUGUUUUGUUGGUAAAACCAUAGGAGCAAACGGAGAUUAUUUAUAUCUGGCGUAUAAAACCGUACCCAGUGUGUUGCAUCUAA